AUGAGCCUACGUCAGGCAGUGCUUCGGGCAAGGCCGCUGCACACUGCAGGUCCAAUGUUACGGCGCGGGUUGCGCAAAUAUGCCAAUUGGGCCAUCAAGGGCUGCGGCAUCACUGUCAUCGGCCUUGGCCUCGGUGUGGCAGGCUUCUUUGCAUUUGAUGCCAUGACCUACCACGACUCAGAAGCGCGUGGAGUCAGAGUCGCUGCAUUGGCACUGGAACCGGAGCGCGGCGGACCCAAGAAUCUUCCAAUUGCCAGCCAGUUUAUUGAUGAGAACGACGAUGAGUCUGCACAACGUAACAAGGAUAAACUCAGACUCGUUGUACUUGGGAGCGGAUGGGGCGCUGUGUCUCUAAUUCAAAGACUCAAUCCAGACAACUACAACGUCAUUGUCAUUAGCCCGUCCAACUACUUUUUAUUUACGCCCUUAUUGCCUUCCGCUACGGUCGGAACUGUUGAGCUGCGCAGUAUCGUCGAGCCAAUCCGCAAAAUUGUCAACAGAGUGCGAGCACAUUAUUUGGAAGCAUCGGCACAAGCAAUUGAUUUUGGCAACAAGCUGAUCGAAGUCUCGGACCGGGCACCAGACGGCACAGAGCGCAGCUUCUAUGUACCCUACGAUAAGCUUGUCAUUUCGGUCGGGGCUGCACAGAAUACCCAUGGUGUCGACGGCCUUGAACACUGUCACUAUCUCAAAACAGUACAAGACUGCCAAAAGAUUCGUCGCCGCGUUAUGGACAACUUUGAGCAAGCCGUAUUGCCAGUCACGACAGAAGAGGAGCGCAAAAGACUCUUGUCCUUUGUUGUAUGUGGCGGUGGUCCAACAGGAGUUGAAUUCGCGGCAGAGUUAUUCGACAUGAUCAACGAAGACUUGUCCAAAUUCUUCCCCAGAGUGCUGCGCAACGAAUCGCGCAGCCACAUUCUCAACACUUAUGACGCUACCAUCUCGGAGUAUGCGGAGCGCAAAUUUGCACAUGAUGAUGUGGAUGUACAGAUUAAUGCUCGCGUACAGAAAGUGCUCAAAGACAAGGUCAUCUUCAGUCAAAAGAUGGAUGGGAAGGAAGUCACCAAAGAAAUUCCAUUUGGGUUGUGUCUCUGGUCCACGGGUGUUUCGCUCGCACCCAUCACUCAACAAAUAUGUGAGAAUAUCGAAGCGCAACAGAACAAGCAUGCCAUCGAGACAGACUCCCACUUGCGAGUCAUUGGGCUACCGCUCGGCGAUGUAUAUGCCAUCGGAGACUGUUCUACAGUGCAAAAUAAUGUUGCGGACCACGUCAUGGACUUCAUCAAGGGCGAUGUUCGCGAGCAGGUCGAUACGAAGGGCAACUGCGAGAUUUCGCUCAAAGACCUUGAGCAAGUGGCUACUGAAAUCAAACGAAGCUUUCCACAAGCAAGUGAUCAUCUUGCGAAAUUGGACAAGGCAUUGGAAAACUUUGACGUUGAUAAGAAUGGCAAGCUCGAUCUAGAUGAGCUCAAGGAGUUUCUCGUUUCGAUUGACAAGAAACUCACUUCACUGCCAGCGACUGCUCAACGUGCGCACCAGCAAGGCACAUACCUGGCCAAGAAGUUCAACAUUCUCGCCCGCACUGCUCCCAUUUACGAAAUGAAUGAGAUCAAGGAUGGCGACAUCGACGCGGCCGUCUACAAGGCCUUUCAAUAUCAUCACUUAGGUUCUCUCGCUUAUCUUGGCAAUUCCGCUGUUGGAGACUUGCCAGGUGGUUACUCCUUUACGGGUGGUCUCAUCGCCAUGUAUAUGUGGCGUUCAGUUUACUGGUCAGAGCAAGUCAGCCUUCGGACUCGUGUCUUACUUGCGAUCGACUGGGCAAAAAGAGCAAUUUGGGGACGAGAUCUCUCUCGAUUUUAG